AUGGAUCAGCAUCUAAGGUUCAAUCCUGGAUCAGCCAGGCAAGUGAUACAGCAAGCCAGCUGUGAGCCCUCCAGCCCCAAGACAGAAGGCAAACUGCUAGCUAUGGAAUCCCUUACACCACAGGUGCAAGAGGCCGGCACCCCCAGCAGCAGCGGAGGUAACAACAGCGCCCUUCCCCUCCCUCUGCAGCCCAGCCCUGCUUCCUUCUCCCGGGCUCUGCAUUUCUACCUGGGCCUCUGGGUGCUCUUAGACGGCUCCCCCACGGAGCUCCCACGCCAGCGUGCCAGCAUGAUCCCCUUGAAGAGGACCGUCUACCAGAGAGCCUUCCUGUGCCUGGUGCUGCUCGUGGUCUUGCCCGUCCUGUGGUGGGUUCUAGAUCCCAGCCAAGGUCACCUCCAAAGUCACCCGCGGGCCCCGAGGCGCGGCUGGGCUCAGGAAGCAGAGGGCGCGUUUGCUGAGCACUACAGCUGGGGGCUGAGCCCCCUCGAGGCCCGCGUGGCCAUGGGGAAGAGUCUGCAGGUGUGGGACGUGAAUUUUUCCACCUGCACUGCCAACAUGCUAGUAAUGAAAAAACCCUGGGUGCGCACAGUCCAGGAGCACAUUCGCCAGUUCCUGCUCUACCGCCACUGCCGCUACUUCCCCAUCCUGCGCAACCACCCGGAGAAGUGCUCGGGCCACGUCUACCUGCUGCUGGCCGUCAAGUCUUCCCUCUCCAGGCACGACAAUCGAGAGGCCAUCCGGCAAACCUGGGGCCGCGAGCGAGAGGGGGCCGGUGGCCGCGGGGCCAUCCGCACCCUGUUCCUGCUUGGCACCGACCCCGAGGACGAGGCUCUGGACACCCACGCCCGGCUCCUGGACGUGGAGGACCAGGUCUACCAGGACAUCCUGCAGUGGGACUUCCUGGACAGCUUCUUCAACUUGACCUUGAAGGAGGUGAACUUCCUCAAAUGGCUGGAAAUCUUCUGCCCCGGGGUCAGCUUCGUCUUUAAGGGUGAUGAUGACGUCUUUGUCAGCCCUGCCAACCUGUUGGAGUACCUGAAGGAUCAGAGACCCCACGAGAACCUCUUGGUGGGAGACGUGGUUAAUAAAGCCAGUCCCAUCCGGACCAAGGGAAACAAGUACUACGUCCCCAAGGCUUUGUACAACAAGACCAACUACCCUCCCUAUGUGGGUGGAGGAGGCUAUCUAAUGACCAGGAGGCUGGCCCACCGCCUCCACCUGGUCUCCCAGACUUUGGAGCUUUAUCCCAUCGACGAUGUCUUCCUGGGCAUGUGCCUGAAGGUGUUGGCUGUGAGACCCACACCCCACAAAGGUUUCAAAUCCUUUGGUAUCAUUCCCUCCAGUCAAAGCUACCUAAACAAGGACCCCUGUAUUUUCCGCUCCAUGAUGAUGGUCCAUAAGAUGAAACCCAAGGAGAUGCUGAAUAUGUGGAAGCUGGUCCACAGCCAUCUCAACUGCUCCCAUAGCUUCAGGCUCUCCAACCCUGAUGCCAGGGAAGAAAAAAAUCCCCAGGGAAUCUUUUCAUUAUCAACAAUGGUUAAGCGACUGUUUUUGGAAUCUCAUGCAAGUCUCAGAUCUGAAGAUACAGAGGAUAAAGAAAUGAAGGUAGAGAAGAAACUGGAAAAAAAGAUUGAAAAAGCAAGCAGACUAGAUAAGAUAUACACAGAGGAUCCUACUCUGGAGGCUUAA